AUGGCGGCGGUGGUGUGCAGACGGUGCCUUUCCCGGACAUGGCUAAGCAGGACAGCCGGGCAGGCUGUGGGACGGCACUACCGCGCCGCGGUUUGCGCCGAGCUGAAGCAGCCCCUGGCCAUUAAAGAGGUGGCACCUCGCCCCGUCCGUCCUCACGAGGUCAGAGUGGAUGUCCAUUUCUGUGGGGUUAACUUUGCUGAUCUCUUGGUCUGCCGGGGUCAGUAUCAGAAAAAGCCCCCUGUUCCCUUCACACCCGGGUUGGAGUUUUCUGGGACGGUGUUGGAGACAGGCCCAGAUGUUAGCUCCGUCAAGGAGGGCGAUCGAGUUAUCGGCACGACUAACUUUAACGCAAUGGCUGAAGAAUGCAUCACUGACCAGAAGACCGUGUGGAAAGUUCCAGAAAAGGUCUCCCUACAAGAAGCUGCUGUUUUGCCUGUAUCUUAUGGCACUGCUCUUUUGGCUCUGGAACAUCGGGUCCGGAUCCAGCCCGGGGAGACUGUCCUGGUGACAGCGGCGGCUGGGGCCACAGGCCUGGCGGUGAUCGAUGUGGCGACGAAUGUUCUGCAGGCCAAGGUCAUUGCUGCAGCCGGAAGUGACGAGAAGUGCAAGCUGGCGAUGCAGAGGGGUGCCCAGUUCAGUGUGAACUACACUGAGGGCAGCCUGAGAGAGGCAGUGAAAAAACUUGUGGGGGACCGCGGGGUGCACGCGGCCAUCGACAUGGUGGGGGGAGAGGUCUUCCUGCAGGCCCUGCGCAGCCUGGCCUGGGAGGGCAGGAUCCUGGUGCUGGGAUUUGCUGGAGGGAACAUUGCUUCGUUGCCAACCAACCUUCUGCUCCUGAAGAACGUCUCGGCCAUGGGCAUGGCCUGGGACUCAUACAAAGACCGCAACUUUCCCGUCUUCUAUGGAAGCCUGGCCUCGGCUCUGCAGUACUGCCAGCAAGGCCGCCUGCGCCCGUACGUCGGGAGAGUGUUUAAGCUGGAGGAGGUCAAUGACGCCUUUCUCCAUGUGCUACAGCGCAAGUCCACAGGCAAGGUGCUCCUGUCUCUGAAAUAGGUCCUUGGCCCUGCAACAAGCUCAGCACAACCCAAGCCAAACUCUCAUCCCCCCCUCCAAAGCCUCCCCCUGUGUGUCGGAAGGAGUCCUCACCUUCCUCGCUGACUCAGGUUGAUAAUCCCGAGUCACCUCUGGCUCAUAAUUUGUGUGAUUCUAUGGCUUAGUCCAAUGGACUUGGACCUUUGAGAGAGUGAGGGGUCGCUGCUCCUUAGACCAACAAAAUGUGGUCCAGACAAGCGUGGGGUCCAGUCACCCUGUUUGUUAUAAUCCAUCAUUUGCCAAAUUUUCUCAUCUCCCCUCUAAGAUGUCUGUCACCUGCAGAGCUGGUUUACCUGGUAUCUCUGGCGACCUUCUAACUGUACUUCCCACCUGUGAACCCCCCACGUCCCCAUCUCUGUGAUCUCUUGGUGACAUGGUGAUUUCCUGGAAGCGUAGUUCUGACCGUGCCUCGCUCCACCUCCAUGGUGUGAGCCACUCUCCAUCGUGUCCCUGGUUCUUCCCCGGCUGAUGGUCCCAGCAUCCUGGAUGUGCUCAGAGCUCUCCUGUACCCCUUAUUUCCUCUGCGUGUGCAGUCCCUCUUGCCUUUCAGGCACAGGUGCUCCUAACCAGGAAGCCGCUCUACCACAUGUCUUUGCUCUCAGGCAAGCAGUAACUUUUUCUCUCACUGCUCUGUUGCUCUUAGCUUCUCCCCCAGGAUCUGCCACAUGCAGCCUUGUACCAUCAGGGCUUCUCACUCUGAGCUCCAGGUUUGAUCCAAGCCUCUGCUUCAUAGGUGGGUUUGGAGGUCUCUGCACCUUCAUUUUCCCCACUGGGGUUGGUAGCAGCAUCUGUCCCACAAGGUUGUGAGGCACUGACGCAGUGGUAGGAAGAGCCUGGCAUGUGACAGGUGAUGAGCAAGCAGAAGUGUUCACUGCUUUCUCUUUGUCCAGAGUGUCAUCAGCUCCCUGUGAGCAGGUGCUGUAUCCCACACACCUUUGUACUUCCCAUAAUAUCCAUCAUGUGAGGUACUCUUGGUACUAGUCAACAGACUGAAUUUCAAUACAACAAGACAUAAACUGUGGGGUUAAAGUGAUAGUAAGUUGCCUGGAAAUAACCCAAAUGUGCACUGACAAGUGAAUAAAUAGACUCUGUAGGGUAUGUAUGCACGAGGAAAUAUUAUUCAUCCUGAAAAAGAAGUUAAAUUCCGACACCUGUUCCAUGGAUGAACCUUGAAGAUAUGCUGCGUGCAAUAACCAGGUAUCAAAUGACAAGUGGCCUCUGAUUUCUCUUAUGUGAGGUCCUUAGACUCAUGAAAUUCAUAGAGAUGGAAAAGGGAAUAGUGGUGACUGGGGGAAAGGAGAAGGGAAAGGUAUGGUUUAAUUGUACAGAAUUUCAUUUCAGGAAGAUGAAACACUUCGGAAAUGGUUGGUGAUGAUAGUUUCAAAAUAGUGCUUUACACAAUGUCACUGAAAUUUACGCUUA